GCGACGAUCGAAGGACCGCUGAGCAAAUGGACAAAUGUUAUGAAAGGAUGGCAAUACCGCUGGUUCGUCCUGGAUGAAACCUCCGGAUUGCUUUCCUAUUAUACAUCAAAGGACAAAAUGAUGAGAGGUGCUAGAAGAGGUUGUGUGCGAUUAAAGGGGGCAAUCAUUGGAAUAGAUGAUGAAGAUGACAGCACAUUUACAAUCACUGUAGACCAGAAAACUUUCCAUUUUCAAGCCCGGGAUGCAGAUGAAAGGCAGAACUGGAUUGAAGGAUUGGAAAACACAAUAAUGAGGCACUCAAAUUCUAUUCGUAGACCAGAAAUGAGAGAUGUUCCCUCUUCUGAAGAUUUUGAGCGUAAACUGCUGGAGACUGAUGCCUAUCUCCAGAUUCUCAUUGACCAGUACAAGGUCAUUGAGGCCAAAAUUGACCAGUGCGAAGACCUUGCCACAAAGGAGAAAUAUAAUGUACUGAAAGUAACAGCAGAGGCAAUGAUAGAAGCUAUCAAGCACUCCAUUAUGUCUUUACAGAUUGCAAAGGAACAGUGUUUUCAGGGCCCGCUGGCAAACGGCAUCCUGGUCACAGAUGAAUACCUGACCUCUAAUGCUUCCAACAAUUACUUCAGCAGAGAUGAAACUGAAGUGAAGACUGAGGUUGACCUGCCCCGCUUAACUGCCUCUCAAUCCAUGGGUAACAUAGAGCAGGCUGUGGACGCGGUUGUGCUGGAUCCUUCAGUCAGUGUCUCCGUGCCCAACAUAGCUACUGACCCAGGUGUUUCCUUACCAUCAGAGGGUUAUUCACCAAGUCUUCCUGUUCCGGUACCAAAAACCACAAAGUUACCUGCCCCUGUUCCAGAGACGUCUUAUUCUAGCAGUGAAGAAGAUGAUUUUUAUGAUGCAGAAGAUUUUAAAUCAACACCACAAACUAGUCCAGAGCGAGUUGUUGGGCCUGAAGUGCUUUCCAAUGAUGUUGCCUCCAAGCCUACUGUGAUAGCUGCUGAUGAUGAUUAUUUUGAUGAACUUUACGAUGAUAGGGAAAGUGAACGUUUGGAAUCCCUGGAGAAACAUGGUAGUAUUAUAACUCACCUGUUGGGGCCAGGUGCGUAUUGGGAUGGACCUGACUAAAGUUGUCCUGCCCACAUUUAUACUGGAGAGGCGAUCACUCCUUGAGAUGUAUGCAGACUUCUUUGCUCAUCCUGAUUUGUU